ACGCGCACAUACCAAGACCAUUCAUCAAGAAAAUACUAAGAUGUAACACAGAUAUCGUUUCAUCAUACUGGCAACUUCAGAAUGCAAACGAUUUGAGGCUAGCUGAAAUGGCUGCAAGAAAGAAGAAACAGAUGCUAUUGUUGCUGCACAACAAGAUGGUUACUGGCGAUUUAACCCCUGAAACCUGGCUGCUCAAUCAUUACAGUCGAUGCCUGAUAGGCAAAAUCACCAAAAUUAAUAAACCACUUGUUGAUAUCAUGAAAACAAUCAGCACCCACCUAAACGACGACGAGAGAGCUACUCUUGCAGCCAAAUAUUUUUGGGAUGAGACCGAUGCUAUAAAGAUCUGUAUUGAAGCCGACACAAGUUUGUUCCUUGUUGGUCUCGAAUGUAAAGAGACGGAAGUGACACAGAUGCUAAUUCAGACAGAAACGUUCUUGUCCCGGAUACUUGAAGAUAUUGGUAGACAUGAUCUUGUAAAAAUCAUGCAGACAAAGUUUGAAAAGAGAAAAAUGCAGUUUGUUCAGGAAUAUACUGAGGUUCAGAUGAUGGACGGAAUUGGUCCAGUAAAUAUAUACGUUUCACUGAUCUUUUCUUUGAUUGAGAAGUUUGCACAUUAUUUUCUUGCGAGACAUAUUGCAAGUUCUACGCAAAUGUUUUGAUAUGAAAAAAGAACAAGGAAGUUACGUACUCCACACAGAGUGAUUUUGAUGCUUAUCAUUUAUGUAUCACCCUCAGAUGUUGAAUAUUUCAGAUGAUCAAAGCAAUGUAACAACAAUAUACAGUAUCCAGUAAGAGACAUGUAUGCAAAAUUUAAACUACAUUUUACUGUGCCGUUUUUAUUAAUUUUUUUGUAUAAUCCAUGAUAUUUCCGCAUGCUCAAGUAGAUACAAAUUCAAAGUGAUGGCCACUGUCCAAAACGUUUGCAGAGAAUUCAUUAUAAAAUCAAUUUUGAUAAAAGAAACACCAACGUGUUCAUUAUAAAACAGUAAAUCACAAAAUAAAUAUAUUUCUAGGGUGCCUCAAGUAAAAGGAUUAAAUGAAACAAAAUUCAAAUUCCAACAUUGUAAAAUUAAGGUCGAGUCCUGUGGGACUGCUUUUAAUGUUACUCACUUCAUUUAAAAAAUAACCUUAAUUUCUUCCGUAAAAAAAGAGGCCACACAUUAAGUGUCCACUCUUCCAUUUUGGCUUCAACAUAUAUACAUAUAAAAUAUCAUAUAAAUGGAAAAACACGUUAAGGUAAGCAUUUGGUCAUUUGCUUGGUGAAAAAAAGAAAUCUUUACCUUGGUGAAGACAUAAUCCGGUAAUAUUUAGGUAAAACACUAACAGUGUUUUUCAAAUAUCCCACCUGUGUGGAUAUUGAUUUUAUGAGGGUUAGUAUUAAACUACGCAACCUGGAGGUGUAAAAUAGUAAAGACUUUAUGUAAUUUAAACAUAUUAGACAAAAUAGUAAAAGCUUUACCGUAUGUAACUUAUUAUUUUUAAAGAUGUCUAACUCUGUCCCAUUCUGUUUCAGAGAUAAACUUUGGACAGCAAGAAAUCACUUAUCAAAUGAAAACUUUUCAGUUUUGUACAAUCAGUCAAUAGUAACUUAAGUCUAAACUUAAAGUUAUUAUGUAAGCGGAAAAACUUGGUCCCAGUGGGACUUGAACCUAUGCCCCAUGAAACAUUUAAGUCAAAGUAGGUUUAUUGAAGGAAUUGAAUACUCUUCAAAAGGAGGUACACUAUUAUAUGGGUCAUACCUUAAUGAAGAAUACGCUAACAGAUUCAGCACCAAUAACGAAUGUAAACCUCUUCAUUUUCAGUACAACGUAAUAGUAGGAUCUACGAAUAGUUCUAGGGAAAGUUUUCGAACUGUUUUUGCAUGUUUUUAUCAAAAUGUUAAAACUGUAAAGUGUAUGUGUUGAUUCAGCUAUGUUUACAAAAUGAGCCCUUGAACAAUUACAUUGUCUGUAUGUUUGAAAGUUUUUAUAUCAUUUUGUUGAGUUUUGCUAAUAAGAUGACCCCAUGUCUUAAAGUCUUUACAAGGUGUCUUCAUUGGGUGAAUAUCAAUCGAAGUUAAGUUCAACAUCGAUAAAGUAUAUCUUUAAAAGCUUUUUGUAAUUGAAUUAUCAUGUUACGAGACAUUUCGACACAUUUCGAAUAGUUUGUUUUGGGUUAUAUCAAUAACAUUAUUCAUUCAGAUUCUUUCAAGGCUUUGGGAUCUCGUAGUCUUAACUAGUAUUGUGUGGGGUAAGUGUCAGAAUGUCCUAAGUGCCUAAAGGACCCUCGAAUUAUCAAUAUUAAUCUGUUUUCGAUUCUAGCAAUAUUGUUUUGGAAAAUUGAUUUGCAUUUGCUUAUUUCAAAGUAUUGAAUGUUUGCACUAAGUGAGAGUACAUUGUAUCUUUUUUUUUCAUUUAAAUAAAUUUUCUCGAUCCUUAAUUACAGUGAUAUUUAAAUGUUAA